UCUUAGGGACCAACGAUGACUGGUUCAAAGCAGAAAUGCACGGCCAUGAAGGCUUUGUGCCCAAAAAUUACCUCAGAAUCGACCUCCCCAGCUGGUACCAGGAGAACACAGGUCGGCACGAGGCCCAGGAAGCGCUCCACCCCAGGCCCGUGGGCUCCUUCAUCAUCCGCAGCAGCCAGAGCUCCCCGGGGGACUUCUCCAUCUCCGUCAGGCAUGAACAGGACGUACAGCACUUUAAGGUGAUGCGGGACAACCGUGGUCAGUACUACCUGUGGACAGAGAGGUUCACAUCCCUCAACAAAAUGGUGGAGUACUACACCCAGAACUCCAUCUCCAAGCAUAGUCGCAUCUUCCUACGGAAAAGUGACCAGCAGCCGCACGGUUUCAGAGGACCUCCUGAGCCAAUGCCACCUCCGCAGAGUUUCAGAGGACCUCCUGAGCCAAUGCCACCUCCGCAGAGUUUAAGAGGACCUCCUGAGCCGGUGGCACAUCAACAGGAGCGAGGACGCAGCACGACGAGAACCGGCGCUCUGCCCGCCCGCCCAUCGGAGCCCCUUCCUUCUCCUCCUCAGCCGGCCGCGCUGAAAGUGAGGGCCUUGUACAACUUCUCGGCAGAGGAGAGGGACGAGCUGGACUUCAGCAGCGGAGAUGUGAUCGAGGUCGUGGACCAGACGGACCCGUCCUGGUGGACGGGAAAGCUUCGGGGGCGGACAGGCCUCUUCCCAUCUAACUACACCACACCUGUAUGACCACAAGGCCCAGCCUCAUCACGCUCUCUCUGCAGGAACACAGUUAUGUUUUGCCUGAUUUCAAUCCCUUCUCUAAUUGUUGUUGUUGUUGUCCAUGCCCAUUUCAAAACAGUUACAACAGUCCAUGAUAUCUCAUACACAUUGCUUAGUCUAUUUGUACCUCUGUUGCAUUGUAUUUUCACGUCUCAAUAAAAUGUAUUUUUCUGAA